AUGCAAUAUAAGCGUCCCUUUGCAUUUGGAUGCUGGGUUCAACAUUCCCAUCGAACACAGACUUACAUGUCACUAUCACAACCAAAUAGGACUCUUUACAAGCCUUCUGCAGCUCCAUCGCCGGACUUCUCUCCUCCAGAGCAGUCCUACAAGGUCCGCAUCACACCUCAACUCACAACAUCUCCAACAGAUAAAUUACCAAUACUAACUAUUAACAUUCCAGGGGUGGGCGUGGGUAAUGCCGAUGCCUCACCAACAUCCGCUCUAUUAUUGCACAUCUUACAAGAUACAUCAGGACGCCUGGCGACAAUUUUCUUCGCUCAUCGAGUCGGCACAGCCCUAGAACCAGAAUGUAAAACAUACAGACUGGCAGCUGAUGUAUUCAAUGACAUUGCCAUGGUCCUCGAUUGUCUUUCGCCUGCGGUACCAGCCGGAUUCAUGCGGAUAUCUAUACUCAGCACAGCUGGUGUUCUACGUGCUCUAUGCGGUGUUGCGGGUGGAAGUUCGAAAGCAAGCCUAAGUGCUCAUUUUGCACGUUGGGGAAAUUUAGCCGAACUAAAUGCUAAAGACUCCUCCCAAGAAACUGUGAUAUCCCUUUUCGGCAUGCUUGUUGGCUCUGUCGUCAUAUCCCAUAUCUCAGGAUUCAAAACUACAUGGAUAGCACUCAUCGCCCUCCUGACAACCCAUCUAGCCAUGAACUACAAAGCCGUCCGCGCCGUCCAAAUGACAAGUAUAAACAGACAACGUGCAAAUAUCAUCUUCUCAACUAUACUCUCCCAAGAAUACGAAAACCAAUCCACUGCAAUCCUAGAAGGCAACGCUAAGCCUCAAACCAAAUCCAAACUCCAAGAAACCCCAUUGACAAUCCCGACCCCAGCCCAAGUUGCUUAUCAAGAACGUAUCUUCCACACUGCCAAUGCCCUGGAAUGGAUACCUAUCACUUCAAAGUCGAUAAAACGGACAAAUCUCGGCACGGCCGAAAUAGGUAUCUCAAUACCUACUUUCUUGCAAAAUGCACGGGGAAGCAAGAAAACCAGCAACUCAUACCAGAUACGCGUGCCUAUCAAAGAAUUACAUACCCUCUUCGCGGAGGAGGAUUACAAUCUCUUUCUAUCUCCACGUGGAGACUCUACAUCGAUUAAAUGGCAUGCAUCCAUCCUGUUGAAAAAGGGUUGUGAUAUUCGAUCACAGUUGAAGGCGUGGGCGCAUGCUCUCCUUGCAGCACGUGUCUUGUCGCAGAGUAAUAUUGGUAUUGGCAUUGAUAUUGGGGGAAAUCAUGGAAGUGUCGAGGCAUCAGUGCUAGGCAUUUUGGUGAAAACGCUUGGUUUUCUGAAUGGCGAAUGGAGGAUUGAACGGUACCUCGGGGCGAUAGUUGCGGAGGGGUGGGAGGUUGAUAUUGCUGCAUUAGAGACUAAGAGUGGACGGAGGAUUAUUUGUGAUUAA